CCUUCUCUCUCAGAGAACAUUCACCCCGCUGUUCUUCUUGUUCUCAGAACCACAUCCCAACCCAUCUCAUUCCCUCUCUCACCUCUCCUCAUAUAUAACCCCACUAUGGCCUUUCUUCUCUCUUCACCCUUCCCCUUCAUACACUCUCUCACUCCUUUGCAUAAGAACAUUUGGACUAACGAGAGGACACACACACACACACAGACAUAGAAAGCGAUGUCUGAACUCUUGCUCCUCCUUGUAUUCUCUUCUCUUGCGUCCCUGACGACGUCGGUCGCCGACGACUACACUGGCUUCGUCUAUGCCGGGUGCUCGCAGCUCAAGUACACCCCCGACUCGCCCUACCAACUCAACGUCGAGUCCCUACUGUCUUCCAUCGCCAACGCCGCGACCUUCUCCUCCUACGCCAACUACACCUCCGCCUCAGCCGCCGCCUCCUCCCCGGUCUACGGCCUCUUCCAGUGCCGCGGUGACCUCUCUUCCUCCGACUGCAAUUCCUGCGUCCGCUUCGCGCUGUCCCAGCUCUCCGCCUUCUGCCCCUUCACCGCCGGCGCCGCCGUCCAGCUCAACGGAUGCUUCCUCCGCUACGGCAACGACUCCUUCGUCGGAAAGCCCGACACCAGCGUCCUCCGCAAGAAUUGCGGGCCUGUCGCCGGCGGCGGAGGGUACAACUCGGACGUGCUCGGCAUGCGCGACGCAGCGCUCGCCAGCCUGGCGUCGGGCUUCACCGGUGGGAGCUACAGGGUCGGCGCCGCCGGCUCCGUACAGGCGAUGGCGCAGUGCGUCGGGGACCAGGGCGCGAAGCAGUGCAACGACUGCGUGGCGGCUGCGGUGGCGCAGCUCAAGGCCGCCUGUCCGUUCGCCGUCGCCGGCGAUGCUUACCUCGGCAAGUGCUACGCCAAAUACUGGUCCAGUGGAGUCUACCAUUCCGAUACUAACGAUCAUGGUGAUCAGGUUGGGAAAACAGUGGCAAUCAUCAUUGGGCUCAUUGUAGGAGUUGCACUCAUAAUAUUCUUGGCUGCCUUCCUCAGAAAAGCUGGAAAUUCUGGUAAAGACUAAGUUGAAGUGGAGGUAAUUGCUUUUGGCACCUUUCUCCAAGUUUUACCUUCUUUAUUUUGAUGUUUCUUUUCAGUAAAUAAUGUUGGGUUUCCUUGCAUGAGUAAAGUUGACAAAACAGACAGAAGGAGAAGAUUCCAUGUAACAAAUAAUCUACAUUGUAGUUUGCAUUUUCUAGUGAGUUAUUCUUAUCUAUGAGGUGGAUCUUUUCUUGAGCA